AUCAAAACUGCAGAAACCGUCAAAGAUCUUUGGAUUCUUGUAUUAAACGGCCAACGUACAAUGAAGACGAUGAACUAAGCUAUGACAAAAAUCAAGGUAUGAUUGAAAUGAAGCUGAGAUAACUAAAUUGAUGAAUGGGAAAUUAGGAAUAUCAAUGGAAAUAGUGAUUAUUUUGUUAACAUAGUCCACCACUCAAUUUAUGAUAAUACUGCUGACACUUGCAUGUUUCAAAUAAAGAAGGCUUUAACUCUGGAUAUUGGCUCUCCAAAAUAUUUCGCUUUAUUUUGUCAUAAUGCCGUACUUGUUAUUAAUCAUUACCUAAGUAAUAGAUACUCUAUGGAUCUAAUAUGGGUUUGCUGUAGCUAUAUAGGACAUAUAGUAACAUUAUUGGUCGAUUUGUUAUAAACACGAACUUAAAAGUGCAGUAAUCGGGAUAAUAUAGUGGACAUGCUGUUAUAUAAGCUAGAGAAAUACAUAGCAAUAAUUGAUUUGGUAUAAAUAUUAUCAUCUAUAACCAGGAACCCAUGGAGCAGGUGGAACCAGGAGCCCCACAUUCACCUUUUGACAAUAGAAGCAAUUUGACCACAAAUAUCAUUUUCAGCAAUGGAUGCCGCUUAAAAAGUGUAAAAAAUAAACAAACAUGGAUAUUUUAAAACUGAAUUUUGCAAUAGGAGUAACAUAUAAAAGUGCUUAUGUAGUUAAUGUGUUUCCUCGUGUAUGUAUUUGUUACAGAAAAAUUCAGUUUAUAAAAUGAUAAUAGGUGAGUUUUAUACUCCUAAAAUCCAAACAAAUACAAAUUUAUUGAAAUGACACCGGGAAAUGAAACUUCAUUUGGCUGUGGAAAGGAUUGCUCCACAUUAUACAAUAAAAACCUUGUAAUUUUUAUUGCGUUUUUCGAAAUGGCGUCUUGUUAAGUUUAGUUUCAGUCCACGUUUACGUGGUAAAGCGUGCUAAAAAUAUACGUACUUAUAAUUAACGUUUCCUGCUCUUGUUUUAAAUGACAUGUAAAUCAUAAGAAAACGAAAAUGUGCCGACACAUAUCACAAAGCAAUGUUCUAUGGUGCUAAAAAUCGGCAUUCGAUUACUUCUAUAAAGCCUCUGUUUUUAGUAAGGGGCGUGAAAAGUGGUAAUUAAGCACGGAUUUGCUCAGAUUUGCUGAUCAAGAUAGUCAAACAGAAAGACACGGUUCACAAUUGGUAAAACCAAUUGCAAUCGCUCAGUUGCUUCAGAAUUUUUGCCACCUUUAAAUUUAUCCAUUUUCAAUUAACAAAAAAGUUUUAUGUAAAAGGAUUCACUACGUAAAAUUUGAAUACGUAACCAUAUCAAAUACAGUUUUGACGCUACAACUAAAUAUUCAUUAAUCAUUUUAUGGCAUUAAAAAUACUUUUUAUUGUUGCUAUAGCAUCUUAAAUAUUUUUGCUAUACACAGCUAUAGGGGUCACGUUGUGCAUACAUAUACCUCUACCUAUGAGCAUAGUUAAAAUAAAAAAACUUGUAAAAUCUUGCCUGCAUUCAAACCUUAUGAUUUUUAUGCUGUAUAUAUAUAUAUGUUGCUCAAACUGUUUUAUGUUUCUCCUGUACUGAUUCUUUCAGUGCUUGUGACGUUAUGACAUUAGGUCGUUGCUUGAUUCUGCGCAAUAUUUUAUUGAACUUGAAUUAAAUUUCAAAUGAAAUGUUCUGCUACCGAGAUAAUCACGUGUAGAUUUUAGUGCAAGGGAUCGUGUAGGUCAAGGUGCAGGUUUGGACAAAAAACUCAUGUGACCUCAUGGGAAGGAAAGACUAAUGUUGUCAGUGUUUUUAACAUGAUAAAUGAAUGCCAAAUAUCGUGGGAAACACACUAGUUUGGCCUGUUUAUCUCAAGGAAUGCAGAAUUUUUAUUUAUAACAUCCAAAUGUGAACGCCCAGGCAAGUCCGUUGACGUUUAACUCAAUUAAUGCUUGUAUUUCGAUGCAGGUGUUUAUUCAAAAUAAAUUCUUGACGUCACGCCAACUGCCCAAAGCAAACUUUGAUUCACGAAGAACUAUGUAAACCGAAAGAAAACCGGUAUCUAUGCAGGAAAUAGUUAUGCCUACAUAGAUGCUAAGAAUAUAACCGCUUUUACCGAAUAACACAUUGUGAUGAAAAGUACUCGAAGGAAGGUUGUUAUUUUAGUAAUAUGGAAUCGCCAAAGUGUCUCGUUUGUCCUGAAUGCAGCGAAAGGUACAACGACACAAAGAAAAGAAGAUUGAUCGAUACAUGCGGUCAUCCUAGAUGUUAUUCUUGUCUUAUGAAAGACAAUCCAUGUCCAGUUUGUGCUAAACUUCCUCAUGGACGACAAAGAGCAAGAACAUUAAGUCGUGAAAAGAUACAUGAGGAAAUACCGCAAUACCACAGAUUACUGUCGGAUACAUCUGUUAACACAUUUACUGGCAUGUUUAGAAAAGAUAGUUAUCUGCGAACUCUGUACAGUUAUGAUCCAAAUUCUAAAGGAUAUAACAUGGAAGAAAAAAUGCGAAAAUAUCGAUCGUUGGAAAUUUUGAACGAUAGAGCAAGAGCAGGAAGUUUCUCAUCAGAUGUUUCUAGCGAGGCAUAUAUAUCAACAGUUAACUGUAGUACUCCAGAUCAAAGAUCUCUAUGCAGUUCUAUUGAUGAAUUGAAUGAAGAUAACACAAAAUCAUCUUCUGAUUCCACACCACACUCAGCAGGAGAUUCAGUGAAACGGCCAUCAUGUCCUAAAACAUGGCCAUCAUGCCCGGAUCUUACUCAUUAUGAAAACAUAUGGCAAAUGAGACAAUCUACUAUUGAAAGACGAAAACGACCAAGCUCGUUAUAUCAAAUGAAAUACUCCAGUUGCAACUCCCCACGAAGCUCAGGGGUAUAUUCACCACGUAGUUCUGGAUACUGGUCGGAGCUGGAGCAACUCAGUGAGUCAGAAACACUGAGUCCAUCUCCCAGUCCAUUGAGUCAAGACACUGAUAAAGAUGACAUUUCAAUAACUGAAAAGUCCCAGGAGUCCGAGAUCAACGAGUCCGACAUCAACUUGAAAGGCGCAUGGCAGAUAACACGAGGUGUACUUCAGAAAUGGCGAUUUCAAUCCAACCGACCACAAUCAGAAUGUCUUACGAACAACAGGAAUUGCUCAAAACCAAUUCAACGAAUCAACUCUGUUAACAUUGAGCAACACACAAAGAAAGUCUCAGAAAAUAAUACUGCCAGAAAAGCCUUCAUGACAGACGUUUAGCACUUAGCCUCUAUGACACAUACAGUAAGAAGUUUUAAGUAAUAAACUAUAAAGACAAGUUUUUAAGACAUAACUGUUUACAAGGUUACAUAUAGAUAUGCAUGUAAAAAAUGUCUAUGGUAAUUUUACAUUGAGGAAAUACAAAGUACAAUAAACGACAGUAAAUCAAAAAUUUGCGCUUGUGCAUGCAUGAUUUACAUUUGUAUCACAUAAAGCAAUAUUCAAUCUGGAAAACUAACAGAGAUGAUAUGCUUGCUCUAAAUUGUAAUAUUUUUUGAAAUAAAAAAAUAGAAUUGAAAA